GGACAGACACCAUGGUCUCUUCCUUGGUGGAGAGAGAGAGAGUAUGUGUGUAUAGCGCGGCCAGCCUCUGCAUCCUCGCCACACACUCUCGCAUGACCGCAGGAACACGACCCCACUCCCCCUGUCCCUGCCCCUGCCCCUGCGACUCGACACCUGGACGCGCAUAGGUACAGACGAGAUAGGCAGGCACACACGAUGAUCGACCACCUGCUCGGCCGCCCGUCAACGCGGCUGAAGCGCCUGCAGGUCUGCGCUGUCAUUGUCUUUUGGCUCGCCGUACUGCGCCGCACCGACCGGCGGGGCCCCAAUGUGCGGGUUCUGCGCUGGUGCACGCGGCGCGCGCAGCGCUACUCUCCCUGGCAGCUGACCGUCGCCGUACUGACCGCAGUGUACGCGCUGCGGCACGCCGAUGCGAUCCUCGGCGUCGCAGCGCCCGAGCCGCUGGCGCGCAUGUACUCGCGCCCGUUCUACCGUGUCACGUGGAUCGUCACUGCUCUCGACGCUGGGUUUGCAUCGGCCAUGCACCUGCGCCCGGCUUGGCUGCGCGACGCGGCAUCGGUCGUCUUCUCGCUGUACUAUCUGAUCUACGCCGAUGAAGCGGACGAGAAGCUGCGCAAGUACCGCGCCUUUUGCACCGUCGGCAUGCUCCGCGCCACCUGGCACAAGACGGACAACCCGUACCUCCGCGCAUUGACGCGCCUCACCUGGCACCGCCCCCGGAUGGUCCAGAAGCUGCUCCUCCCGCGCCCCGAGCUCGGCGCACACGCCACCCGGCCCGUGCAGGUCUGGCUCUUCUACGACGGCACCGACGCCGACCUCCGCCACGAGCAGCAGCUCCUGCUCGAUAUUCCCGGCGGCGGAUACAUUUCCAUGACCCCACAGCACCACGAGGAGCGGCUGCGGCAGCUCGCCAAAGAGACGCGUCGGCCCGUGCUGGCAGUCGACUAUGGCAAGGCACCCGAACACCCAUUUCCCUACGCGCUCGAAGAGUGCUUUGAUGUCUACCGCUCCCUGCAAGAGUCCCGGGGUAGGAUCAUCGGCAUGAGCAGCAGCAGCAGCACAAGCACAGCCGAAGCAUUCGGCAUCCUCCUCUGCGGAGACUCGGCCGGUGGCAACCUCGCGUGCGGCGUCACGCUCAAGAUCAUCGAGUACCCCCAGCCGCACAUCCGCUCCGCCUACGCCCGGCGCGCAAGCGGUGGGCCCGGGUCAGCACCGCCGCCGCUCGCGCGCCCGAUCGGCCUGCUGCUUGCGUACCCGAGCCUCAACUUUGCAUUCACCAGCUGGAUCAAGCCCGAGUUCCUCCGCGUCCUGCGCCAGCAGAGCGAGAUGAACCUCCACAGCAUGGCCACGCCCGCUGAGACCGCUGGCCGUCUCGCAGCCGCGAGCAGCCCGCUCAACCCCGCCGCGCGCAGCCAGCCCGCGCGGCCGACCUCGGCAGAGCGAAGGGCCUCCGUCGCCACGCCACCCCCCGGCUCGGCGCUGGCCACGGGGGGUGACACCGGUUCAGGUGCAGGCGAAUCCAAGGCUGUGAGGCAGCACGACAUGCGAGCCGACCGCUCGUUCAGCAGCCUUGCAGCGCAGGCUGAGCUCCAUCUCGCAGAGCGCGCGCGCUUCGCCGAGGCUGAGCCAGCUACUUCGGACGACCAGCAGUCGAUCUCGGGCGAGGAGCAAGGGGAUAAUGAAGAAGCGACGCCGGUGUCUGCGGCAGUAUGGUCGCGCAUCGAGAGCGACGAGCUCGAUACGCUGCGCACCGAGUGUCCGGACCUGCACCGCAGCGCGUCGAUGGACCGCGCACGCAUGGAGCACGCCGAGCGGCAGCGUCAGCUCAACGAGUUUGCCCGUGCCGAGGACAGCGACCGGGAGGCGCGCAAGGUGCAUAAGGCACCCAUCAACACACGCCUCACCAUGACGUCCAUGGCGGGCUACUUUCAGGACCGCAUCAUCACGCAGAGCAUGCUCCGCGCCAUGGCCAUUCUCUACAUUGGCCCGCGCAAGCAGCCCGACUUUGAUCACGACUACAUGCUCAGCCCGCUCAUCGCGCCGCCGCGGCUGCUCGCAGAGUUCCCCCCAACACUUUUCAUCUGCGGCGAGAAGGACCCGCUUUGCGACGACACUGUCGUCAUGGCCGGCAGGAUCCGUGAGGCCAAGGUUGCGAAGAAAGCUGAUCUGGAACGGCGUCGCGCUGGGCGCAGUGCGCGCUUUGGGGAGGCGCUGCGCAUGAGCCAGGGAGGCGCGACUGCACGGGCACAGAAGCAGCAGCGCGAUCCGAUCGAGGACGAGGACGUCAGCGAGACGGUCCAGAUGCGCAUCAUCGAGGGUUGGAGCCACGGCUUUCUGCAGAUGAGCUCGCUGCUGCCGGAAGCCAAGCAGGUCAUCACAUUCCUCAGCACCUGGGUCGUUGAGACGUUUGAGGUACAUGCCGAGCAGACCGCUGCGGCUCAGCAGGCUGCGCCCCCGCUGGCCUGUCCUCCUCUUCCUUCUCCUGUUUCUUCUCGUGCCGGUCCGUCGGCACCAUUGAUGCAUCGCGCGCGAAAGGGCCACGCCGCAGUGGUGCCACCAUCCGCACCCGCAUCUACUGCUGUCGCUGCUGCUGGUGACCCGCACCAGGCCGACGACGCGGAUGACGAGGAGCCGCUGUCGUUCAUCCCCAAGAGCACACGCUCACCAUCUAGUUCCAUGCGCGGAUCUCCGGUCCCCAAGCCUGUCCAGUUCGCAGCGGCCACAUGCCGGACAGCCGAAGCCACGCCAUCGGCUGCAAGCGUCAACGCACGUGCGUACUCGCAGGAGAGCAACCCACUGGUGUUUCCACCCUCGGCGGCAUUGAGCAGCAGCAACGGCGGCGGCGGCGUCUCCCUUGUUCUGGCACCUCCCCCUGAAUCGCUCAAGGACGGACAUGCGGCAGCCGCAAAUGGCAGGCAAGUAGCUUCCGAAAUGGGCGAUGUAUGCUCCAACUCCAACUCGCUCCGCCGUGGCUCUAAGACAGGCAUGACGACCGAGGCAGAGGAGCGCUACAAGUCGCUGCUAGUCAACGAGCACAGUCUGCUGCAGCGCCGACGCGACGAGGCCGUCUUCGGACUUGGCGAGACGGCCAGCGGAUUGCACUCCUCUGACGACGAACAGGGCGACGACACAGGGCGGUGUGCGACGGCGGGCAGCGGCAGACGCGCGCACUAGCGCUGGCAUCACUACCACUGGCCUUCUCCAUACGCUGCCCCUAUCAGCUCCCUUUCUCUCCACUUGCUGGGAUCCCCACUUUCGCUGCUUCGCCACAUUAGGCUCUUUGAUUGUUUACAAUGACCCGACACAGACCUGGCUGCACGCAUCGCAAGCAAUUCAUCCGUUCCGUACGCAUCUGUUCCGGACGUUACUCCGCCCUUCAUUCUCGCCAUUCUUUCCCAGCUAAUAUGCAUCCAUCCACUGAGCACAUUACCGAGCCUCUAGCAUCGUCUGAUACCAGCUCAUAUCAUACCUGUGCAUGUCAAUGUAAAGCAAGCAACCAUUCCACCAUCGCCAGUUCAGCACAGUGCGUCUGCGUGUGGUAGC